UCCGCUGGGUUCGGUUGAGUAGAAGCGGCUGCAGCAGCGCGGAGGGAGACGAGACUGAGUUUAAUAUAUUUGAAGAACAAAAACUGGAUUCUUGUAAAACUGGAAGGCCUGGAUUAGAGGUUUAUUUCAGCUGCUCACAGUCAAAGGUUUUGCCCUUCGUGGCCUGUCUGUAGUUCCUAAUGCCGGAGAUGGCUCAGCGGAGCGGUCAGGAGGACCCCGAGCGGUACCUCUUUGUGGACCGGGCGGUGGUCUACAACCCAGCCACCCAGGCUGACUGGACCGCCAAGAGGCUGGUGUGGGUUCCCUCGGAACGACACGGGUUUGAGGCGGCCAGCGUCCGCGAGGAGAGAGGAGAGGAGGUGGUGGUGGAGCUGGCGGAGAAUGGCAAAAAGGCUCUGGUCAACAAAGACGACAUCCAGAAGAUGAACCCACCAAAGUUCAGCAAAGUGGAGGACAUGGCGGAGCUGACCUGCCUGAACGAAGCCUCUGUACUGCACAACCUUAAGGACCGAUACUACUCCGGCCUCAUCUACACUUAUUCCGGACUCUUCUGUGUGGUGAUAAACCCAUACAAAAACCUUCCCAUUUACUCGGAGAACAUCAUUGAGAUGUACAGAGGGAAGAAGAGGCACGAAAUGCCGCCACACAUCUACGCCAUUUCCGAAUCCGCCUACAGAUGCAUGCUUCAGGAUCGUGAGGACCAGUCUAUUCUGUGCACAGGUGAAUCCGGAGCUGGAAAAACAGAAAACACCAAAAAAGUGAUCCAGUACCUGGCACACGUUGCUUCCUCUCACAAAGGAAGGAAAGAUCACAACAUUCCACCAGAAUCUCCUAAAGCAGUGAAGCUCCAGAGUGGACUCCUGGUCUAUGGGGAGCUGGAGAGGCAGCUGCUGCAGGCUAACCCCAUUCUGGAGUCCUUCGGAAACGCCAAGACGGUGAAAAAUGACAACUCGUCUCGCUUCGGCAAGUUCAUCCGCAUCAACUUUGAUGUCACGGGUUACAUUGUGGGGGCCAACAUCGAGACCUAUCUGCUGGAGAAGUCCAGAGCGAUCCGACAGGCCAAAGACGAGAGAACCUUCCACGUCUUCUACCAGCUGCUGGCUGGAGCAGGAGAACAUCUGCGCUCCGAUCUCCUCCUGGAGGGCUUCAAUAACUACCGUUUCCUCUCCAACGGCAACAUUCCUAUUCCCGGCCAACAGGACAAGGACAACUUCCAGGAGACCAUGGAGGCAAUGCACAUCAUGAGCUUCUCACACGAUGAGAUUUUGUCGAUGCUGAAGGUGGUAUCAGCUGUGUUGCAGUUUGGAAACAUUGUGUUCAAGAAGGAGAGAAAUACAGACCAGGCCUCCAUGCCUGAGAACACAGCUGCGCAAAAGCUCUGCCAUCUGCUGGGGAUGAGUGUGAUGGAGUUCACCCGCGCCAUUCUGACCCCCAGGAUCAAAGUGGGCAGAGAUUAUGUCCAGAAAGCCCAGACGAAAGAGCAGGCUGAUUUUGCAGUGGAAGCUCUGGCCAAAGCCACGUACGAGCGGCUCUUCCGCUGGCUCGUCCACCGCAUCAACAAAGCUCUGGACCGGACCAAACGGCAGGGAGCGUCCUUCAUCGGCAUCCUUGACAUCGCUGGCUUCGAGAUCUUCCAGCUGAACUCGUUCGAGCAGCUAUGCAUCAACUACACCAACGAGAAGCUCCAGCAGCUCUUCAACCACACCAUGUUCAUCCUGGAGCAGGAGGAGUACCAGCGCGAGGGCAUCGAGUGGAGCUUCAUCGAUUUCGGCCUCGACCUGCAGCCCUGCAUCGACCUCAUCGAGAGGCCGGCAAACCCUCCAGGUGUGCUGGCCCUGCUGGACGAGGAGUGCUGGUUCCCCAAAGCUACAGACAAAACGUUUGUGGAUAAGCUGGUGCAGGAGCAGGGCUCGCACGCCAAGUUCCAGAAACCGCGGCAACUAAAGGACAAGGCUGACUUCUGCAUCAUCCACUACGCAGGCAGGGUGGAUUAUAAAGCGGAUGAAUGGCUGAUGAAGAACAUGGAUCCUCUGAACGAUAACGUGGCCACUCUGCUCCAUCAGUCCACUGACAAGUUUGUGGCCGAGCUGUGGAAGGAUGUGGACCGCAUCGUGGGUUUGGACCAGGUGGCCGGUAUGAACGAAACGGCGUUUGGAGCGACGUACAAGACCAAGAAGGGUAUGUUCCGGACGGUGGGACAGCUCUACAAGGAAUCUCUGACCAAACUGAUGGCCACUCUCCGGAACACCAACCCCAACUUUGUCCGCUGCAUCAUCCCCAACCACGAGAAGAGGGCUGGUAAACUGGAGCCCCAUUUGGUUCUGGACCAGCUGAGGUGUAACGGGGUUCUGGAGGGAAUCCGUAUUUGCAGGCAGGGCUUCCCCAACCGCAUCGUCUUCCAGGAGUUCAGACAGAGAUAUGAGAUCCUCACCCCUAACGCCAUCCCAAAGGGCUUCAUGGAUGGGAAGCAGGCCUGUGAGAGGAUGAUCCAGGCCCUGGAGCUGGACGCUAACCUGUACCGGAUUGGUCAGAGUAAGAUAUUUUUCCGUACCGGAGUUUUGGCACAUCUGGAAGAGGAGCGGGACCUGAAGAUUACUGACAUCAUUAUCUACUUCCAGGCCGUAUGCCGAGGAUACCUGGCACGCAAGGCGUUUGCUAAGAAGCAGCAGCAGCUGAGUGCUCUGAAGGUUCUCCAGAGGAACUGUGCGGCGUACCUGAAGCUGCGGCACUGGCAGUGGUGGAGACUUUUCACCAAGGUGAAGCCUCUGCUACAGGUGACCCGUCAAGAGGAGGAGAUGCAGGCUAAAGAUGAGGAGCUGGUGAAAGUGAAGGAGAGGCAGGUGAAGGUGGAGAACGAACUGGUGGAGAUGGAGAGGAAACACCAGCAGCUCCUGGAGGAGAAAAACAUCCUGGCGGAGCAGCUUCAGGCUGAGACAGAGCUGUUUGCAGAAGCUGAGGAGAUGAGAGCUCGUCUCGUGGCUAAAAAGCAGGAGCUGGAGGAGAUUCUGCAUGACCUGGAGUCCCGAGUGGAGGAGGAGGAGGAGCGGAACCAGACGCUGCAGAACGAGAAGAAGAAGAUGCAGUCACACAUACAGGACCUCGAGGAGCAGCUGGAUGAGGAAGAAGCCGCGAGGCAAAAGCUCCAGCUGGAGAAAGUGACCGCAGAGGCCAAAAUAAAGAAAAUGGAGGAAGAUCUGCUGCUGCUGGAGGACCAAAACUCCAAAUUCCUGAAGGAGAAGAAGCUGCUGGAUGAGAGGAUCGGCGAGAUGACCUCUAUGCUGGCCGAAGAAGAGGAGAAGGCCAAGAACCUCGGCAAAGUGAAAAACAAGCAAGAGAUGAUGAUGGUGGACCUUGAAGAGCGUCUGAAGAAGGAGGAGAAGACCAGGCAGGAGUUGGAGAAAGCCAAGCGUAAACUGGACGCCGAAACCACAGACCUGCAAGAGCAGAUCGCUGAGCUUCAGGCUCAGAUCGACGAGCUGAAAAUCCAACUGGCUAAAAAAGAGGAGGAGCUUCAGGCUGUUCUGGCCAGGGGCGAUGAGGAAGUGGCCCAGAAGAACAAUGCUCUGAAGCAGGUCCGGGAGCUGCAGGCCCAGCUGGCCGAGCUGCAGGAGGAUCUGGAGUCGGAGAAGGCUGCUCGGAACAAAGCGGAGAAGCUCAAACGGGACCUCAGCGAGGAGCUGGAGGCGCUGAAGACUGAGCUGGAGGACACACUGGACACCACGGCCGCUCAGCAGGAGCUCAGGACGAAGAGAGAGCAGGAAGUGGCUGAACUGAAGAAGGCGAUCGACGAAGAGGCUCGAAACCACGAGUCCCAGAUUCAGGAGAUGAGGCAGAGACACGGGAUGGCGCUGGAGGAGAUCUCAGAACAGCUGGAGCAGGCCAAACGGUUUAAGUCUAAUCUGGAGAAGAGUAAACAGACUCUGGAGGGCGAUAAUAAGGAGCUGGCGAGUGAGGUGAAGGUUCUGCAGCAGGCAAAACUGGACUCUGAGCACAAGAGGAAGAAGCUGGAGGCUCAGCUGCAGGAGGUUCUGGCCCGCGUUACUGAAGGAGAGCGGACCAAGGGCGAGCUCGCUGACCGCACUCACAAACUACAGACGGAGCUGGAGAAUGUAUCUACUCUGCUGGAGGAUGCGGAGAAGAAGGGAAUAAAGCUGGCUAAGGACGCCUCCAGCCUGGAGAGCCAGCUGCAGGACACACAGGAGCUCCUGCAGGAGGAAACGCGUCAGAAGCUGAACCUGAGCAGCCGAAUCCGUCAGCUGGAGGAAGAGAAGAGCGCCCUGCAGGAGCAGCAGGAGGAGGAAGAGGAGGCACGUAGAAACCUGGAGAAACAACUGGCAACCUUGCAGUCUCAGCUGUGCGAGACGAAGAAGAAGCUAGAGGAUGACGUCGGAGUUGUGGACGCUCUGGAGGAGGUGAAGCGGAAGCUGCAGAAGGACAUGGAGGCCACCAACCAGAGACUGGAGGAAAAGGCCAUGGCCUACGAUAAGCUGGAGAAGACCAAAACCCGGCUUCAGCAGGAACUGGACGACCUCAUGGUGGAUCUGGACCACCAGAGACAGAUAGUCUCCAACCUGGAGAAGAAGCAGAAGAAAUUUGACCAGAUGCUGGCGGAGGAGAAGAGCGUAUCGGCGCGUUACGCUGAGGAGCGAGACCGAGCAGAGGCCGAAGCGCGGGAGAAAGAGACGAAGGCACUAUCGAUGGCCCGAGCGCUGGACGAAGCACUGGAGGCUAAAGAGGAGUUCGAGAGGCUGAAUAAGCAGCUGAGGGCCGAGAUGGAGGAUCUGAUGAGCUCCAAGGACGACGUGGGAAAAAACGUUCAUGAGCUGGAGAAGUCCAAACGUACGCUGGAGCAGCAGGUGGAGGAGAUGCGCACUCAGUUGGAGGAACUGGAGGAUGAGCUGCAGGCCACAGAGGACGCCAAACUGCGCCUGGAGGUUAACAUGCAGGCCAUGAAGGCCCAGUUUGAGCGUGACCUGCAGGCCAGAGAUGAACAGAAUGAUGAGAAGAAAAGAAUGCUGGUCAAACAGGUGCGUGAGAUGGAGGCGGAGCUAGAGGAUGAGAGGAAGCAGCGUGCGCUGGCUGUGGCGGCUAAGAAAAAGCUGGAAAUGGACCUGAAGGAUGUUGAGGCUCAGAUUGAGGCAGCUAACAAGGCUCGGGAUGAGGCCAUCAAACAGCUGCGCAAACUCCAGGCUCAGAUGAAGGACUAUCAGAGGGAACUGGAGGAGGCUCGAGCCUCUCGAGAUGAAAUCUUUGCCCAGUCAAAAGAAAACGAGAAGAAGCUCAAGAGUCUUGAGGCAGAGAUAUUACAGCUGCAGGAGGACCUGGCUGCAUCUGAGAGAGCACGGCGUCAUGCAGAGCAGGAGAGGGACGAGCUGGCAGACGAAAUCUCAAACAGUGCCUCUGGGAAGUCUGCUCUGCUGGAUGAGAAGCGCAGGCUGGAGGCUCGAAUUGCUCAGCUGGAGGAGGAACUGGAGGAGGAACAGAGCAACAUGGAGCUCCUCAAUGACCGCUUCCGCAAGACUGCCAUGCAGGUGGAUACUCUGACCACAGAGCUGACCGGAGAGCGCAGCGCAGCCCAGAAGAGCGAGAACGCCCGGCAGCAGCUGGAGAGACAGAACAAGGAGCUGAAGGCCAAACUGCAGGAGCUAGAGGGAUCCAUCAAAUCUAAAUUUAAAGCCAAUAUCACCGCCCUGGAGGCCAAAAUCCUGCAGCUGGAGGAGCAGCUGGAGCAGGAGGCCAAGGAGCGGGCAGCGGCCAAUAAGAUUGUCCGGCGCACAGAGAAGAAGCUGAAAGAAGUGUUCAUGCAGGUGGAGGAUGAGCGUCGCCAUGCUGACCAGUACAAGGAGCAGAUGGAGAAGGCGAACUCUCGCAUGAAGCAGCUGAAGCGUCAGCUGGAGGAGGCGGAGGAGGAAGCUCAGCGCGCUAACGCCUCCCGCAGGAAGCUGCAGAGAGAGCUGGAUGACGCUACAGAGGCGAGCGAGGGGCUGAGCAGAGAGGUUAACACCCUCAAAAACCGUCUCAGACGCGGAGGCCCGGUCAGUUUCCCCUCGGGUCGCUCUGGCCGCAGGCAGCUGCAGAUGGAGGGCGAGUGUUCCGAUGACGACGCCGAAAGCAAAGCCAGCGAUGUGAACGAGACCCAGCCUGCCCAGCCUGAGUAGUUAUAGUGUCCCCCUGUGGUCCUGCAGUGCUAUUACACCUUCUACCCCAAAACAGUCAGCACGCCAGAAACCGUAACAUGUAACCCAGUUCGUUCUGCUGCUCGCGUGGUGGAGAGCAGGACUGAGGGUCCACACACACACCUCUCUAAACACAUUUAUACACACAUGACUCCUCCACACACCUGCGUUCUGUCUACAAGCCUAAGCUGCAACGAGCAUGAGAACGAUUCAGUACAUACGGUCAUUCCCUUCAUAUUCAGGGAACCUCAACUCUGCCUUACUCAAUGCAGCAAAGCUUCAAGGUUGAGUGGAGUUUUGUUCUAAUUAGCAAUCUGUUGUAAUGUUAGCCUUCAGAAUAAUUGCUUAAGGUGAAAACACUAUAGGUACAAGUGCAUUUUAUAUGUUCAGUUUUUUUGUGCACACAGUCAUACAUGAGCAGCAACUCGAGUCUAGUAUAAAUAAAUAACGAUAAAGCCACUGCUUAGCUAAAGCAAGACAGGUCUGGCGUUAGAGUACGAUGUGAAAUUCCAACGAAGCACAGGUUCUGAGUGUUUUUGGCUGGCGGAAGUAUGUGUUAGAGAUGCAUGGACUUCUGUUUUCUACAAGUAAUAGAGAAAAAACACAAAAAUGUACAUGUAACCGGCCGAACCUGUGGCUGCUUCGAAUUGGAUUGAAAAGUGAAGAAAAAAACUGUGAAAAAGCUACUGCUUAAGCUUCUGCCCACAUUAGACAAACAAAAACACUAAGAUGAAAGUACCUUCAGUCAUUUCCGUUCAUCCUCAUUCUAUUUGGGACACUUGAUUGUUGAAGUAUUGGGAGAGAUUCCGAUAAGUGAUGGUAUUAGACGUUGACGAAACUGGAUGUAAAUGCAAGAUGCGAAAUGCUUUGUAACUGCACAUUUACUACAAGCCAUACGAGGCAAAACUGGAAAGAAAUCCGUACAUUUUGGGAGAAUGUGCACAUCCACAAAAAAAAGAAUAAUUUUUUUGUGAAGGUUUCUUCGGAAAAUAUCUCAUCAAAUGUGUGAACUAUUAGCUGCUUUAUUAGACACUCCGAGAAGUGCUUUAGUACAUGAAGGGAAACCGACAGAAGUGAAGGAAUCAUUUCGUUCAGUGGGAUCAUCUCGUUCACUGCUGAUUUUGACUGGAACACUAACAUCAAAACACAUUGAUGAUUCACAGGCACUUAGUUCGAUUUGAAUCAUAAACCUGAGCCCUUGAGCUUCAGCCCAAAAUGUAUAGAAGAGCCACUACAGUUCUCAAACACACUAUUAUUUCUCAGUAUCAGUAUUAUAAAGAUGAUGGAUUAGAAACGAUACUCACCUGCUCCAAUAUUAGUAUUUAAUAAUGUUUCUUUAAAAAGUGCCUUAGUCACUAAUUAAGAAAAUAUCCAUGAGUUAAAUGCAUUGUACAUCUAUAAUGGUGUGUAUACAAGUGCAACACUAACAUGAAGGCAAAACUGGCAAAACAAUAUAAGAAUAAUAAAAAAAACACUACGUAACCCUUUCUGUUUUGUAUUUUACUGUGCUUUGAAUCAUAUCCGUUAUCUAAGUCUCUCUUCCCUAGUCUUCUAGGUAAGCCAUGGGCCAGCUUCAGUGUUAUCUGUAGGAGUUGGAACCCUCUGCCUUGGCUGCAGAGGGAGUUGCAGGAUUUUAUUUGGUUAAAAGCUUUACCCCUCCACGAUCUAGUUACUAUUAUUACAAUUAUCAUUAUUAUUGCUAUUGUUAUCACUCUUAUUAUUGGGCUGGCUGUUGACAACCAGACAUUCAACUGCAAAUAUAUCUCUCCUUUUUUUCUUGUAUACUGUUACUGUAUUUCUAGACAACAGUGAUUUUUGUAAAGGAAAAAAAAAUAAAACCUUCAUUAUAG